AUGCCUCACCCAUUUCCCUACAUACCCAUUUCCUCUGCCAUGCCUCACCCCAGACAGCAACCCAGACCCCUUACCCCUCUACCCACACCCUUCUCACAACGGCUCAGCAGCAGCGACACCGGCUCAGCAGCGGCACACAGUGGCGAUCAACACAGCAGCGACACCAACGGCGUUCAACACAGCGGCACACAGCGGCACACAGCGGCUCACCAAGCUCAGCCCAGAAAGCUACAGAAACCGAAUCCAGUAUAG